AAUGCUCUCCAAUUAUUUUUGAAAUGACAAGAAUAACCAUUCAAGUAAAUAUAAAUCCGGCAUGUUGUCUUUGUCCUUGCUAUCUUAACUCCAAAAACACAGAAAAGCAAGAAGACAUGGCUCAUCCUCAAGAGUUGAAAUCUCUCACCAAGGCUUUCUCAGGACUCGGAGUUGAUGAGAAGUCAUUGAUAUCGAUUCUGGGAAAAUCACAUCCUGAGCAUAGGACAACGUUCAGAAAGACAAGUCCUCAUUUGUUCAUUGAUGAUGAACGUUCUUUUGAACGCUGGGAUGAUCACUGUAUCACUCUUCUCAGGCAUGAAUUUUUGCGAUUUGAGAAUGCUGUGGUGCUCUGGGCCAUGCAUCCUUGGGAAAGAGAUGCUCGUUCGGUGUAUGAAGCAUUGAGGCUUGGAUCUUACGAUGUGAUUGUAGAGAUUGCAUGCACUAGAUCCUCAGAAGAGCUACUGGGAGCAAGGAAAGCCUACCAUUCCCUCUAUGAUCACUCCAUUGAAGAAGAUGUUGCCACCCACAUCACUAGCAGUGAGCGUAAGCUUCUUGUAGCACUAGUGAGUGCUUAUAGGUAUGAAGGGCCAAAGGUUAGGGAAGACAUUGCGAAACAUGAAGCAAAACUAAUUGCUAAUGCUAUUAAAAAUGGUGAUGAGAAAAAUCCUAUUGAGGAUGAUGAGGUGGUAAGAAUUCUAACAACAAGAAGCAAGCUCCAUCUGGAGGCUAUUUACAGACGUUACGAAGAAGUUUCUGGCAACAGCAUCCAUGAGGAUCUUGAAGCUGCUGACUUGAUCUUGAAGAAGACAGUUGAAUGCUUGUGUACUCCUCAAGCAUAUUUCAGCAAGGUAAUAGAUGAGGCAAUGAGAAAUGAUGCAGAGCAACACACCAAAAAAGCACUGACAAGAAUAAUUGUGAGUAGAGCAGAUGUGGAUAUGAAAGAGAUCAAGGAAGAGUACAGUAGCUUAUAUGGAGUUCCUCUAUCCCAGAAAAUUGAAGACAAUGCAAGUGGCAACUAUAAGGAUUUCUUGCUUGCCUUGAUAACAAGAGACUAAUUGGAGGACUGAAUCACAGAUACUGAAAUUAAUGGCUGAAUUCUAGCUUCAAUCCUUAUGUUCUUUUCAUCAACUUUUUUUUUCUUUUUCAUGAAAUGUUGGCUUGUUCCAUGUAUGAGUUUGUGUUUAAAAAGGACCUAAAUAAAUUGAAAUUCUUCCUUCUGUUGUGGCA